UUCUCAUACGAAACUCGGUUUCGAUCGAUUCUCUCGCGCAACCAAAAUUCAGAAAGGUUUAUAUCCGUUUCUCCUUCAAAUCGAUCCCUAGCAGGGGUGUUUGACACGGAUUCAAGUGAUUCUAGCAAGAAACGGAACCUUUCUGCAUCCAAACAUGCCUAAAGUGGCGUAUAUAAAAAAUCCGUAACGGGAAAACAGCGAAAUUGAGGGGAGUCGCCGAGGGUUUCCGAUCCUUCUCCCUCUUUCUCUCCGCUACCGCCGCCGGCGACUGACCAGACGCUGCACACCAGGCCUCCCUUCCGCCGGAAGUCGUUGCUCGUCGGGAGGUGUUGGCGUCCCUCUCCUCCGCUUCCCCGUCCCCGCCCUCUGCUGGCGCUGGGCUGGCGUGGGGGCGGAGAUCCGCCCGGGCUCGGGGUCGAUUCCUUCUUCUGCUGGUGAAGAUGCACUUUGCGUAGAUCAAGCUCCAAUCUGAUGGAAUCUGAUGACAAGAAAUUUGGAAAAGGAGGCUGGAGCUAGGCUUUCGGUUGACUUCUGUAGUUAAAUAUGGGUUGCUGCCUUUUGUUGGGGUCCUGACUCAUGAUCUCCAAGUGCAUAAGCAAUAUGAUAUGCUGGCCUAGGGAGCUCACUGGUGCUGUUGAUUUAAUCAGCCACUACAAACUGCUUGGGCACCAUGAUUUCUUUUGCAAGAGGCCUUUGCCACUGGCAAUCUCAGAUACACAUUAUCUUCACAAUGUUGUGGGAGACACUGAAAUUCGUAAAGGAGAAGGAAUGGAGCUAGAUCAACUAGUUCAAAAUGCGUAUUUGAGGGAUAAGCCUGCUUAUAUUCAGCCCUUUGAUAUGGAAACAUUGGGGCAAGCGUUCCAACUUCGAGAAACAGCUCCAGUAGAUUUGCCCUCUGCUGAAAAAGGUAUACCGACUAUUUCGGGUAAACCGAAAAGUGAGUCCAAGGACAAAGAGAAGAAGCAUAAAAAGCACAAAGACAAAGACAGGGAAAAGGACAAGGAGCGUAAGAAGCACAAACAUCGGCAUAAAGAUCGAAGUAAGGACAAAGAUAAAGACAAAGACAAGGAUAAGAAAAAAGAUAAAAGUGGGCAUCAUGAUUCUGGUGGCGACUAUUCUAAGAAACAUCAUGAGAAGAAGAGGAAGCACGAGGGACCGGAGGAUUCGGCGGAUGUGCAUAAGCACAAGAAAAGCAAGGUAGCACACAGUCAUUCUUUCCUUGCUGGUGUAAUACAUUUUCUCAUAGAUCAAAAUUUUUCUUUUGUCGACAUGGUUUAACAACAUAUGGCAGCACAAGGGUUCCAAAACCGAUGAGAUGGGGAAUGGACUUGGUUAGGUGCACUUUCCUUCUUAGUUCUAUUGUGAAUCCAUGUAAUAUGCUGUUAAAAGUCGACUUGGAAGGUUUCUGUCAUCAAAAUCCAGUGCAGAUCAACGGUAUGUGCUUCUUUCAUUUGCUGUUGGAUUCUGUUUUCUUUUUCCUAUAACUUUGCUUGGUUAUAGUGACAGACCAUAGAGUAUAUGACUUGUGUCUCAUGUCUGUGGUUUUCUUGUUCUUUCUGUGGGAACAUGAAGAUGCAAAUGUUUCAGAUAGCAGUGCGUUGCUAGCUUGUGUUUUUUAAGUCAAACUUAAGUGGUUCUAUAUAUUUAUUUGUUUCCUGGCUUAACCCUUGGUGACAAUUAUACCCGCCUUUUGCUUAACAUCGUCUCAUUUUAUAUUUAUCUGCCAUUCUGGAAUUGGUGAUGGUAGACGCAGACACACAGUUGCUCUGAAAUUUUCUGUGGGAGCAGUCAUUUUAGAACUUUACCUUUUGUUUCUCGUCAUGCUCACUUCGUGAAAACUUGGAUGUUCCUUGGAUGAAUUAAACUACAGCCAACCUCCGGAAGAGGAUCUCUCAAGUGGCAUUACCAGUCGUGAUGUCUUAUGGCAUGAUCUGCAUCAUGCUGUAUUUGUAGGCUGUUUCAAUUUGCUUCUCUCUAAUGCUUAGACCAUAACAAAGGAUCAUUGAUGCGGAACAUCAUGAUGCAUUGCUGAUAAUACUUGCUUGCAAACACUUAUUGAUAUUUGUUACGAAAUGAUAUUAUGUCAUUUGCAAGUCUUUAAUAAUCUCUACUUUUCAUAACCAUUGCAAUUAUUCAAAUAUGAUAUAGCAAACCGCUGCCGCGUGAAUAUCAGUCUGCUAACUGGGACCAACACUUUGCAAACAAGUGUAGGCUUUUUUUUUUUUUUUUUUUUUGCAUAUGCAGUUUAGCGAACUAUCUUACUUUUAUGUGAAUGGUGCAGAUAACAUGAAUGGGCAAUCAUUUGGAGCUGUUUCGGAAAGAACAAGAUAAUUUUACAAGCUAAUUAGGCUGUUCGUGCAAAAUUGAAUGUGUAUUAGGGGACUAAUCCAAUGUACCGUGCAGCUUUUCGUUCCACCGACCAAAUUGGUUGAGGAACGUUUAGAAAGACUUGUAAUCAUGAUUUCUCUAGGGCUAGUGCACUCUUUCAAGUUAAUGUCUGACUAGACCAUUGAUGUAGCAUGACUAUUGAUUAGUGGUUGGUAGAUAUAUUUAGGAAAGCUGUCCUAUGUGGGAAGCCAAAACAUGAACUUCUAUUCCUCAAUUCAGUCGAAAAAUAUUAUUUC